UUAUGCACGUAUACGAAACUGAAUGUAAUUUUAUAUCUGGUUGUGUUGUUCAUCUCUUAGUAAGAUUUGGAAUCCAUCAAUUUAUCCUUUGUGGAUGAUAUUGAGUGGAAUUUGUUGAGAUACAGUUUCGCUUGUACUACAUGCAGAUUUUAUAAUAACAUUCAAACACCGCGUGCGUUAUUUCUAAAUACAAAACAACUUUGUUAUAGAAGAAAGAGUUGCAAGUAUUAGGAAGUGGUUGAUAAGAAGGCGUUUUCGUGCUUUUAUCUCACUUGAAGAACGUGAUUUGAAUUAUUGUUUUAAGAUUUUAUUUAAUGUUAACUUCUCUUUUGAUCUUGUGUGUGUAUUUAGCUAAGUUACUAAAACUGGAAAUGAUGGUAUUUUAUGUGUGUCAUAUUUGUACGAGAUUAACAAAAGGGAUUUCUCUUCUACGAAAGUUUAGACGCAAAGGAAUAUCAAACAAAUCCCCAAUAUUUAAGUCCACCUCAUAACAAAACCCCGAAUUAAAAUCAAUUUAUUAAUUAGCACAAAGCCGUUGUGGUCACAUCUUACUCUCUUAAAUAAUAUGAGAAUUAAAUAUAUACUUAAUUGGCUAAGUGUGGCCAUUUGUGAUCAAAGCAAAGGAAUUUCUGAUAUUAAACACGUAAGUAAAAAACAAUAGAAAAAAAUUGGCUAUUGUAAUGCUGCCAGGAGACCCGGCUGAAUUUUUCAAGAAAAACAAGCUAGAUUCACAUGAAAUAGCUUGAAAUAAAUCUAUGAAUCUUUCUUUUUUUUAAAAAAAAAUCUAGACUGGUUCUUAAGAUGUUUGACUUGGAAGUGCUUCUAAUUAUUUUCAUUAUACAAAACGUCAUUUAAUUGAUAUAAAUAUGAUGCUAUAUUAAGGGUUUAAUGAGCCAUGGUUUUGCUUAUUCAGCUUGACAUUUUAAACAUGGAUGAAAAUGGAUAAAAAUACUUAGUUAUCCCGAUUAUCAUUCAUUUUUCAGGAUCUAACAUAUAAAGUUAUGAUUUUCCAUAACUAGGAAAACAUUUCUUAAGUCAAAAAUGAAAACCAAUUGUUUAAAACCAUGUAAAGUUUUUUAUUUAUACAAUCAUUCAUGUUCUUUUCUGCAAGCUCAACUUAUUUCGUAUCUCUUUCUCUGUUAUACAGCCAUUUGUGGUUUUAAUAAUGAAAGUUUAGGGUAGAUUGGGACUUUUCAAGAUGGCGGAUGAGCUGCGUAAUAAAUUUUUCUGGAGAGCUGUGUUUGCAGAAUUUUUUUGCUACAACCAUGUUUGUGUUCCUGGUCACAUCGGUGGUCGAUGCCAGUGACGGGAUCACACAAGUAGCAUUAGCAAUCGGCCUUGGUGCAUCUGUAUUGGUGCAAAUAGUUGGACCAAUCAGUGGAGCACAUUUUAAUCCAGCCGUUACCAUUGGUGUGUUUCUUAAUCAGGGCUGCAGUUUCUGGAAAUUGUUGUUUACAUUCCUGCGCAAUUUAUUGGAGAUAAUGUAUACCGGUUGUGGUAUUAACCCUGCAAGAGCUUUUGGACCUGCUGUGGUAUUUAAUUUCUGGGUGAAAUAUCAUUGGAUUUACUGGCUUGGACCUUAUAUUGGAAGUAUCUUAUCUGGAUUGUUGUACCGGUUCGUCUUUGGCGUGGAAGACACAAACCCGACGAUCCAAGUGCAGGAAACUAAUCAGUACGUUAAUGUAGCAGAAUGAAUGAAUGAAUUCAAUUGGUGGAAAAUCAUAUACUGAGUUUCAACGAUUGGUUAAACCUAAUUUUUAAAGAGAAAACACGAUUGCAACAUUUAUUUGGCAUUGUUGUUGUUUAAUGUAUUUUUGAUUGAUCUUUAAAUGAUUGCAUUUUUCUUGCACUAGCUUUAUCAAUUAAGAAGUGAUCAACUUUUGGGUUACGACAAAUUGGCCAUCGAUAUUUGAAAUGCAACACUAAUAAAAAACCCUUCAAUGGCCAGCAAUUUCAAAAACUUUGAAUUAAGAUUCCAUCACCAUUGGCUAUCUUUUCUUUUGUUUUGUGAGCACAGCACAGUAUUUUUUUUACGUUAAAACACGGUAUGGAACUUAACAGUUUUGACUACACUGCAAUACCGAAACGGAAAGUAAUAUAUUAUGUGCCGAAAAAUACCCAACAAGUUUUAGCAAGAUAUAUACCUUUUUGUAUUUCUAGAAGACGCAAAUAAAAAAUAAAUAAAUAAAAAUUUAUUAACUUGUAAU